CGUAUGAGAACAAAAAAUAACUAUGAGUUGAGUGCGGAAAAGCACAGGCAGACACUGAAAAGUGAAAACCCUAAAGAAGCUCUUUGACUUGUCUGACUGUUUUGUGAGAGAAGGGAAACAGUGGGAGAGAAAACAGGAUUUUCAAUCCAAUCCACCGUCACCAUCAAUCUUCUUCUCCAGGCUCUUUCAGGAUAAGAUGCUGGUCUGUGGAACCAGAUAUUCUGGUUUCCAUCCCAAGUGGAGUCAUUAGUCACUAAUUUGACUUCGCUGGUUCAAAAAAGAGGUUGCUGUUGUGGGGUACAUCUUUCUGGUGUCUUUCUUUUCUCAGAAUGGCAGACGGUCAUGAAUCAGAUAAGAAUAUUGAGAUAUGGAAAAUCAAAAAGUUGAUCAAGGCAUUGGAAUCAGCAAGGGGUAAUGGUACAAGCAUGAUAUCUCUUAUUAUGCCUCCUCGUGAUCAAAUAUCUCGGGUCACAAAGAUGCUGGGUGAUGAAUUUGGAACUGCUUCAAACAUUAAAAGUAGGGUCAACCGUCAGUCAGUAUUGGCUGCCAUUACAUCUGCUCAGCAGAGGCUGAAACUUUAUAACAAGGUUCCUCCCAAUGGGUUGGUGCUUUAUACUGGAACAGUUGUUACUGAAGAUGGGAAGGAAAAGAAGGUAACUAUUGAUUUCGAGCCUUUCAAACCUAUCAAUGCAUCACUUUACCUUUGCGACAACAAGUUCCACACAGAAGCACUCAAUGAACUCUUAGAAUCUGACGACAAGUUUGGUUUUAUUGUAAUGGAUGGGAAUGGCACUCUUUUUGGAACAUUAAGUGGUAACACACGAGAAGUACUUCAUAAAUUUACUGUUGAUUUGCCAAAGAAGCAUGGGAGAGGAGGACAGUCUGCCCUUCGUUUUGCUCGACUUCGGAUGGAAAAACGACACAACUAUGUUAGGAAAACUGCAGAGCUAGCCACGCAGUUCUUCAUCAAUCCUGCUACCAGUCAACCAAAUGUUGCUGGGCUGAUACUGGCAGGUUCAGCAGACUUCAAGACUGAGUUGAGCCAGUCAGAUAUGUUUGAUCCUCGUUUGCAGGCAAAGAUAUUGAAUGUAGUUGAUGUCUCUUAUGGGGGAGAGAAUGGUUUCAACCAAGCUAUUGAGCUGUCAGCUGAGAUUCUAUCAAAUGUAAAAUUCAUACAGGAAAAAAGAUUGAUUGGAAAAUACUUUGAGGAGAUCAGCCAGGACACUGGGAAGUAUGUCUUUGGUGUUGAUGACACAUUGAAGACUUUGGAAAUGGGCGCUGUUGAAACACUCAUUGUGUGGGAAAAUCUAGAUAUUAAUCGAUAUGUUCUGAAAAACAGUGUUACAGGUGAAAUGAUUAUACAACACUUGAACAAGGAGCAAGAAGCUGAUCAGAGUAACUUCAGGGAUGCAGCAAACUCUGCAGAGCUGGAGGUUCAGGAAAAAAUGCCUUUGCUUGAGUGGUUUGCCAAUGAAUACAAGCGAUUUGGUUGCUCACUUGAAUUUGUUACAAACAAAUCUCAAGAGGGUUCACAGUUUUGCAGAGGGUUUGGUGGGAUAGGGGGUAUUCUUCGCUACCAGCUGGACAUUAGAUCUUUUGACGAGUUGUCUGAUGAUGAUGAAGUUUACGAGGAUUCUGAUUAGGAAGUAGAAUGAUAUGCAAAAGCCCAUACCAUUACCAGGGUGAUGGAGCUUUGUUACUGCUGUUGCCUGAAUUUUCUUGUUUUGCUGCAUUUCAUUUGGAUAUGUAGAAUGUUUCCCUGAUUCCCCAUUAUUUGGGGGUAAUUUUACCAAUUUAGAUAGUUGUCUGGGCGACAUUCCUUAAUUUUCAAUUUAUAUCAUAAAAAUCUAUAAAUUUCAA